GUGCCACUUUGAAAAGUACGUGGGAGUCAAAAACUGGUUCGGUUGUCAAGAUGGAACACACUAAUCGAUAUUUUCGAAAGCGGAGAAACGCAUACUUCGCGAUCGUUCGGAUGUUUUAAAUCCGACGAACCAACUCUUAUCAUAUCAUAAAACAUAAUCGAUAUAUUGCUCAAGAAUUAUUCUAAACGAUGAGAUCUCCGUAUACGUGAACCGUACAGUGCCUACCUGUUAGCUAUAGUAAUCGCCAUACGGUAAGGUUAAAAGGAACGAUCUCCAGGGAUGAUAAACUGGACGAGGACCUACGAAAACGAUCAAUUCUCGCACGGGAUUUUCCAUCGACCUUGAGACAAAUCGAAAUUUCGUCGACCAUAUGAUAACUCGAUGGAGUACAAUGAAAUCAGUGUACAAAUUGUUUUUCCUCUGGCUCAUCUUCAUUGCGUUGAUAAUAUUACUUAAUCUGACGAAUUUCUCUCAACAAUCUCACGAGAACAAAAUCUACGAUGUAUCCACCAAAGAGACCGUCCCCUCGACCAUUGCAAAAAGGGUACAGCAACCCUCUGUUACUCGGGAAGUAACGAUAUGCGUUGUGGUCUGUGGGGACAGAGUGGACGAGGCAUUGACCAUGCUCAAAUCCGCUCUGGUUUUCACAAAAAGAUCCUUGCAAUUCAUCGUGAUAGCUGAGACCAAUUUGAUUCCUGCCUUUGACGAGAAGCUGUCCGAAUGGAAAUUCAUAUCGAACAAAACGUUUGAUUUCACCGUGAAACCUAUCACAUUCCCAGAAGGUAGCGACGCAGCUAUGUGGAAGAAAUUAUUCAAACCCUGUGCUGCACAGAGAUUAUUCCUUCCAUCUGUAUUGAACGAGACGGAUGCUGUUCUGUACGUGGAUACAGACACCCUGUUCUUGACACCGCCAGAGAUUAUUUGGGACGAAUUUAAAAAAAUGAAUUCUAGCCAGCUGGCUGCUCUCAGCCCAGAGCACGAGGAUCCAAGUACAGGAUGGUACAACAGAUUUGCUAAGCAUCCUUAUUAUGGGAAACUGGGUGUGAACUCUGGAGUGAUGUUAAUGAACCUGACGAAGAUGAGGGAGUUCAGAUGGAUAGAAUACGUGAUACCUAUCCAUAAACAGUAUAAAUUGAAGAUAACGUGGGGAGAUCAGGAUAUAAUAAAUAUUAUAUUCCAUUAUCACCCGGAGAAAUUGUACGUCUACUCGUGUAGGUACAAUUACAGACCCGAUCAUUGUAUGUACAUGCAUGUAUGUACUAAAGCUGAGAAAGAGGGUGCACUCGUGUUGCACGGAUCUAGGAGCACGUUUCAUUCGGAGAAGCAGCCUCCCUUUAGAGCGAUUUACAGAGCGAUGGAAGAAUAUCAAUUGAACACUGACCCGUACGAUUAUUUAUUGGUACCAAUGAGGAACUACUUAGCUCUGGAGCAUAAGUCAAACUGUGGCAAAGUGUGGAAAGUAUUUAUUAUCCAACCGGAGUUACACUUAGGACAGCAAUAAUAUAUAUGAAAUAUCUUCCAGUAUACCGAAUUUAGUAGAUGAUAUUUAAUAUAUACACCGUAGACGAAAAUUUUAUCUCUACUCAGACUGACUACGUUCCAUAUCGUGCGUUCUCGUUCCGUUUUAUUAACAAGUGCGCUGUGAUUGUUGAAGUAUGAAGAGAAGGAGAGCCAUAUUACAUUCUAAGACAAUACUCUUUUUCGAAUCUCCUUUUUAUACUUAAAUAUAACUGUAGAUUAAUUUUACGGAAAACGUUCGAAUAAAUUUGAUACGACGCUUUUACCAGCGUCUGUGUAAUCGUUUCAUUGUUUGUGAUACUUUUACGAAUAAAAUGAAUCGUUUUUAACGUGA